AUGAUCUUCAACCUCAUCGCCCUUACACCACUCCUCGAGCGCUUCGAAUCCGAAUUCGGUACAUUGGUCACUUUGGCAUUGUUCACUGGGCGUAAGGGAGUACCAGGCUAUGCAUGGAAGCACGAGAUUGACGACAGACAGCAUUCGGCACAAUACCAGGUGGCAUCUACACGUUACUCGAGAAUCUCCAGUGUCGGACCAUAUAAGAUCCCCACCUGGACCACACCACUUAUUCUUGCGCUCGUGACGAGCUUUAUCGUCCCAAACGUCAGCCUCAUAGGGCAUCUCUGUGGCGCAGGCAUCGGCUACCUCUGGGCCUCAGGCUACAUCAAAUUCCUCGUCCCCCACGAGAAGAUCCUCCGAUGGGUAGAGACAAAGCUCAAUCUGCUCGGCAGACUACCACACUACGUCAGCGUAGACCAAAAGACAUACGGUCGCUACGGCGUCCUGCCGACUUCAAACGUCCCAGUACCGCUCGGCAACAUGCCACGGAGUCCAGAGCCCGGGCAAAGACUCGGCCCGUAG